ACAGAAAAAUAGUAAUAAAAAGCAGAUACGAAAUCGAUUCAAUUGAUUUGAUAAAUUUCUUCAUGUUGAUUACUAUUGUUUUCAAUCAUUUGGCUAAUUAUUCUCAACUUUAAUUACAAUCAUUUCAAGACUAAUAUAAGAAAAUCAGAAUGGUGAGAAUCGCUGUAAUUGGAUGUGGUGUUCUUGGGAUUAAAAUAAUUGGAGCUUUGGCUUAUUAUGGGCACGAGAUUAGAGCUUACGACAACGAUGCCAACGUGUUGAACAAAGUGUACCUACGAUUGAGUGAGGAUCGGCGAAUGCUUCGAGAAGAGGGCUUUAUGAUUGGCAAUGAAUUUGUGGGUGAAGUUUUUUGCUUCAGUUCAUUGGAAGAUACUGUUCGUGGUGCUCAAUUCGUUUUCGAAUCAGUUUCAGAGGAUAUUCAGAUCAAAAAGAGCAUAUUUAAAAAGAUCGGAACGAUUUGCCCUGAGGACACUGUCCUCUCAACCGGGACAAUGAGACUUUCUGUCAAUGAGAUAUUUGAGGAUAUUAAAAAUCGUGAGAGGUGCAUUGGAAUACGUUUCUUGUAUCCCGUUUAUCCAAUACCUGAAGUUGAAUUGAUCACAACUAAUUACACAUCGGUAGCUACUCUUGAAAAAGUUCGAAAAUUUCUUGAACAAAUGGGACGAAUAGCUUUUUUCCGUUCUGGACCUGAACCAAUAAUUCUUAGUGAAGAGCAAAGAGAAUCUCGGAAAAAUGCUUUUAUCCGUCAAAUGGCCGAGAAAAAGGGAAUCGGACGACGAUUGACUUUACCUGUUCCAGAUCUUCAAACAGGUUCGAUUGAUGUCGAUUCGUUGAAAGAGACAACCAAUGAAGCGAUGAAUGCACGGAAAGAAAAAGAAUGCGUUGUUUGCAUGGACACUGAUCGAGAUUGUGUUCUACAUCCAUGUCAUCAUCUAUGUACCUGCGUAAAUUGUGGUAAAUUGUUACUCAAACGACAAGACGCUUGUCCCAUUUGCCGUCGACCAAUAACCAAUGUUUUCCGUGUUUUCCAUCCUUAGUCCUUUCCAAUUCGAGCCUUUCCUUUCACCAAUCCAUUCAUCGAAUUGAUUGACACACAAUCAUUCUCUUAACAAAUCAAUAGAUCUCUCUUUUCAUAAAUAUGUUUGCCUUUAAUUCAAAAUUAACUUGAUCACUUUAUCUUAUAUACAAUAAAAUUUCCAAUCGAAAUUAUUUUCUCAAAUGA